AUGGUCUCCACAAGCACCCUUCGCACCGCCAUUUUGAAGGCGACGGAUGGGAAGUUGCGUGCUGACAACUGGCAGUACAUUCUUGAUGUGUGUGAUCUCGUCAAGGAAGACCCGGAAGACGGUGGACGUGCAGCUGUUGAGAUUGUGCAGGAGCGAUUAAAAGUUACGGACGCUAAUGUUGUUUUGCGUACCUUGUCACUCGUGGUAUCGCUGGCCGAGAACUGCGGCUCGCGGCUACAACAGGCCAUUAGUUCAAAGAGUUUUACCAAGGAGCUUUUCAAUUUGAUAACAAGCAGUAGCGUACACUGGGAAGUGAAGAAAGAAGUGGCGAAAACAAUCGCCCAGCUUAGUGACUCGUUCAAGCACGAUCCGUCCUUGCGAGGAAUGCAGGACCUGCAUUCGAAGGUCAGGUCCCAAACGCCUACCUUGCUACAAGAAAACGGCGUUCCACGCAAAACUGAAAUGGCUGACCACACGAAACGCAACGAGGACAGAGAGCUCGAAGAAGCCCUCAGACUGUCCACAUUGGAGUACGAGCGGGCCUCUAGAAGUCCGAGUGGACCGCAACAAGCUACUGCGGAUCCUCCACGCACUGUGUCCCCAAACGGCGGUCACACAGCUUCUACGACCGGGGUAAGAAAAGUCAGGGCACUGCACAACUUGACUGGUAGAGAUGCCGAAGAGCUUUCAUUCAGAAAAGGUGACACAAUUGCGGUCAUUGAACAAGUUUAUCGCGACUGGUGGAGAGGCUCUUUGCGUGGACGGAUCGGUAUAUUCCCGCUCAAUUAUGUGACGCCCGUGGCUGAAAAGUCUUCUCAGGAAGUGGAACAAGCACGGGCAGAAGAAGCCUAUGUGCUCAAUGGGGUUGCCGGUGUUGAUAGACUCCACCAUUUGCUGAAGAGCUCGGGACAGAACGCUCAGAUCAUGCAAGACCAGCAAGUCACAGAUCUGUACAGCUCAGUUACGCCUCUGCGGCCCCAAGUUACCAAGAUGCUAGGAUCCUACGCCCAGAAAAGGGAAGAAUACUCUUCUUUGCGCAAGGUUUUGGCAGAUGCAGAAUCUUCUUACAAUCAGUUGCUCAACCGGGCUAGCCAAGCCUACACAAACCCGCCUGCACAGACCGUACAGCCGGAGUACUCUCGCGCUCCACAACAAUGGCAAAGACCUACACAGCAGUUCGACACCCGCCUACCGCCGGCAAGUAACGGAUACGUGCAUUCUCAACCCUUUUUGACGGGCGAUGGCCCCGAGCAAUCACGCCAAAACUAUUCGCCUUCUCAGCAGUAUCAGCAGCAGCGGACGGCAUAUCAACCUUCCACGCCCCAUCAUCCCCAGCAACAGCAACAACAACAACAACAACAACAACAACAAAAGAAUAAUUACCAAUACAGUCAUGGGCCACCCACACUGCAAUCUAAUUCUUUUCACACCAAUCAGCAUGCCUUCGGGCAACAAUUAACGGAGCAUAGCAGUGGACCUGUUCGUCCAGCCUACAACCAGCAAGCACCAUAA